AUGUGCUCCAGUCGGAAGAUCCUGUGGAGCUUGCUGCUGUUAUCCGUGCUGGAGGUGGGCUUGGGUGUGGCCAGCAUCGUCCUGGGGGCCGUGGGAAUCAGCGCAGUUCGUGGACAGCACAAGCCGCAACAGGGCGACGCGUCCCCUGUCUGGAGCGGUCUCUGCUUUCUGGUCUGUGGGAUGUGUGGAGUGCUGUGUGCUCGAAAGAGAACAGGGCUUAUUAUGAUCCUGUUUUCAGCCUGCUGUAUCUGCGGUCUCAUCGGAGGAAUCCUCAACUUCCAGUUUGUCCGUGCGCUCAGCAAAAGACCAAGUUCCAUGCAUUCAGUCCACCUGGCAGAAAUGACUCUAGCAUGUCUGGGGAUAUCGUCUUGCACUCUGUCCACGUGGCUCACCUGCCGACUGGCCAGCUCCGAACAGCAGAGGAUGUUUUUGGAAAGGGAGCACUCACUGCAUCACUCUCACGAGAUGACAGACAAGGAGACCCUGGAUAAUUCUAGUAGUCAUGGAAUUCCUCAAAUCUCCUACAAUGGACACACUUCAUCAUCUCCAUGA